GGCGUGUCCAGUGAAAUUGCCUACGCUGGCAGCUCUGCUAGUCGGUAUUUACUACUCACACCCAGGAGGGUAACGGUCGGUUAAUUUGCCCCUCGUUCUUCCGUAUCGCGCUGUCUGAACCUUAGCCAUGGUAGCUAAACAGAGGAUCCGUAUGGCUAACGAGAAGCACAGCAAGAACAUAACACAGCGAGGCAACGUGGCUAAGACCGCGAGGAGUGUGGGAGAUGAAAAAUCGUCAGUGGGACCUUGGUUACUGGCUCUCUUCAUCUUCGUGGUGUGUGGGUCUGCCAUUUUCCAGAUCAUUCAGAGUAUAAGGAUGGGCAUGUAAAGAGACGGCAACGCCAGACCAUCUUCUGUUCUCCUGUGAAGUAUAAAAUGAACUCUGUUUUGAUCUGUUGACCUGGACAAAAAAAAAGAAAAACGGAUUUCACAUAACUGCCUGUUCCAGAAUAUCAAUUUUAUUAUGACUCGUCAUCUGAUUCAUUCCAGAUUAUUUCACCAAGGUCAUUCCAAGUUUUCUAAUCCAUACCGCAGUGCCUUCAAAAAGCACCAUAUGCAUUUGAGCAAUAAAUGCAGAUUCUCUGCCAUUGUGGAGCUACUUAUUCAGUGAAAUAUCAUUUAAAGUUUUUAUGUGGAACUAAUUUGUAUGCAUUGUAGAUAUGUGUAGUCCAAACAGGUCUUGUGUUGAAUGUUCUACUUUUUUUUAAUGUAUAAAAUUGGUUAAUUUUUUUUUAAUUUAAAAAUCAAAAGCUGGAAUAAUUGGAUUAUUCUUUUAUAUACUGCAAGGAAACAAUUGUACAUAAUUAAACUUUGAUCCUGUCUUUAGGUUCAUUCCCUUUGGGUAGCUUACUUUAACAUAUGGUGCAGCAGAAGCCACUACCUAUUUAGAACUUCGUGCAAAAUCUCCUGUUCUUGUUGCAAGACGAACAAUAGUCACCUGCCCUUACAAUCUACUAAUGGUCAUGCUUAUUUUAGUGAUCAGUUGCACACAGACCCAUGGGAUAGACUGUUCAGUAACCAUCUAUCUUAAGCCAGGUAGUGAGCUAUGGUGUGCUCAGUAAGCUUGGCAAAGCAUAUUGCUGCUUUCAGAUACUGUUGGGGGCUGCCAGUGUUUUGCUAUUUAGGAUUGCCACUGUAUAUUACAUCUGAUUUUUGCAUGCAAACAUCUUCCUGAUCUAAGAUUCCCAAAGUUGCUUACCUCUGGUUAGUCAUUUAUUCUGUUGUGACAAAGCAUAAGGUUUGUGGCAUAGCUUGGAGGAACAGUUACAGUAUUGUAAGAAAAUGUGAUCUACAGCAAACUGGUGUACAUUUGAUGCUUUUUUCAAAGUACAAAUAAAUCGUUCCAAAAAUGCA